AUGCAGGCUACCGAUGGUAAAGUUGCCCCAGAGGCACUAAUUCCAAAGUUCAAAAUUAGCCGAUUACUCAAGCAAGAUCAGAAUGGCCGCCGCAUCGCCCUCCUAGGAUCCAUCGAAGGAAAGCCAGGAAUCCUCACUGCCGAACGAGCCGCCUUUGCUACUGAAUCCGUCGAGGUCCUGAAAGCGUUCCACGCAGCCAUUACCCAAGUCAGCAACCUAGGCGACAACGACAUCUACCGCUGGUACAUGGCUUCCUCCGGUAAUGGAUCAAAGGGAUCUCAAUCCGCCGAUCUCAAGCUCAAUCUCAUCUGGCCCUGCACGGAACAGCAUAUCAAAAAGUACUCGGACCAGGUUCUCCGCAUGGUGACUGAGACUCCGGAGAUCUACCGCGAGUAUAUCCGGCCGUACAUGAGCACCAAACGCGAGGAAGGAAGACUGAACUGGGUGUUCAAUAUCCUGGAAGGACGUACAGAGCAGGAGGAUGUUAUCCUGCGGGAUUCUGGCCACGGACCUGAAGAUGGGUUCUUGAUGCUUCCGGAUUUAAAUUGGGAUCGUACAACUAUGGGGUCCUUGCACCUGCUGGCUUUGGUGCAGCGGCGUGAUAUUUGGAGUCUGCGCGAUUUGAAAAAGAAACAUAUUCCGUGGUUGCGGUACCUGCGGCAGAGAUUACUGGAGGGAACAGUGAAGAUGUAUCCGGCUUUGGGGCCGGAUCAGCUGAAGCUUUAUGUGCACUAUCAACCGACGUAUUAUCAUUUCCAUAUCCACGUUGUCAAUGUCAUGCUGGAAGCCGGGUGUACGCAAGCGACGGGGAAGGCGUUUGGACUGGAGAACAUCAUUUCCCAGCUGGAAAUGAUAUCCGGUGAUGAUGAGGCCAGUAUGGCGGAUGUCAGUUUAACAUACUUCCUUGGGGAGGCCAGUGAGCUUUGGAGCAAUAUCUACGAGCCAAUUAAGCGAGGGGAGAAGCCCACUUAG